AUGGCAAGACCCGUGUCUCAUCAUAUCAGCUUCUUCUUCUUCUUCUUCUUCUUCUUCAGCAGCACAGUACUGUGUCUCAUCUUCCCUACACUGUGCUGGGCUGAUUCAUCUCCAUGUCUGCAACAAAGGCAAACCCCACCGUUUAUCUUCGGAGACUCACUGUCUGAUCCAGGAAACAACAACUACAUCAACAAUACUUCUCAAUAUAGGGCGAAUUCUAGCCCUUAUGGGAUCACCUUCUUCAAAUACCCUACUGGUAGAUUUAGUGAUGGCCGUCUCGUCUCAGAUUUUAUCACUGAGUUUGCAGAACUUCCACUGAUUCCACCAUAUCUACAGCCAGGAUAUCAUCGGUAUACUGACGGAGCCAAUUUUGCAUCUGGUGGAGCUGGUAUUCUAGUUGAGACUAAUCAAGGAUCAGUGGUAUGCCUCAAAACUCAACUUGAGCAUUUCAAGAAUGUAGAGGGGAAAUUAAGGAGGAAACUUGGUGAUGCAGAAGCCAGGGAAUUGGUUUCAAGAGCUGUAUAUCUUAUGAAUAUAGGAAGCAAUGACUACAUUUUCCCUUUGGCUUUAAAUUCCAGCAUUAUCAAAUUAUACCCGCAAAAAUACGUCAGAAUGGUGAUUGGAAACCUCACGUCUGUUAUCAAAGAAAUGUAUGAGAAAGGAGGAAGGAAGUUCUGGGUCCCAAAUUUGGCUCCUUUUGGUUGUGUACCCGGCUUGAGAGUGAGCAAUAAUAGUUGCUUGGAGGAAGCCAAUGCACUAGCAAAACUACAUAACCAGGAGCUUCCUAAAAUGCUUCAGAAGCUAGAAACUCAACUUAAAGGCUUCAAAUACUCAACAAGCGAUUUCUACGGCUUUCUCAUUGAUAUGAUUAAUUUCCCUUCUAGACAUGGUUUGAAGGAAGGGAAGAUGGCAUGCAUUGGUGUUGGCCCAUUCAGAGGAGGAAGGAGUUAUGGGGCAUGUAAAGAUCCAAGUGAGUAUGUGUUCUUUGAUUCUGUUCAUCCCACAGAAACAGUGAACCAGAAGUUUGCAAGCAUAGUAUGGAAUGGAAAUCGCAACCAAACAUGGCCUCACAAUCUCAAAGAGCUAGUUGAGACAAUAUAGGCGUUGAGCCUUGUGCUUCAACUCAUCAAUCAUCAUCAGCGCGUUGCAGACUUGAACUGAUACAAUUUCGGAUUCUUUAGAACUUCUUCUAAAUAUGUGCGUAUG